AUGUCCUCCUACACACCUACUGAAGAAGUGAUGGCAGCCGGGCCGCCAGUGACGAUAAGCACUCUUCCCGGAAGAUCCAACGGACAUUCAUCAGCAGAUCAAUAUUGCAGUCGAUCACGUUCAAAUUCAUCUGCACAAUCCCUUUCGCUGUCUUCUCGUAGUCACAAUCAAAAUAAUUUGGCUCUUCAACAAUCACCACAAGGACAGCAGCAAACACAAACCAAAGAGAUGAUAAUUGAACGUCCCCAUCAGAACACCGCUGCUCCUCCGAGACAUCAAGACAGUUUUGAUAUCCAUGGCUGGCCUGAAGGAAUUGAGAAACCGACCAGAUUCUUGGGCAUGAAGGUUAAGCCGAUCUCGCAAUGGUCCAUCAAACACAUUUUCUGUCUUUCCUACUAA